AUGAGCGGUUUGGAAGUGGUCGGCGUCGUCCUAGGCGCUCUACCGUUGAUUAUCACGGCAGUCGAUCAAUACCGGGCCAGCAAGCGGUUGUUCAAAGUGUUCCGGCACAAAGAGCCAUACAUCGAUCGACUAAUUCAGACCCUGAGGGCGCAGAAGUUUCUUCUUGAGACUGACCUGUCAAUGACCUUGAAAGAAACCUUUGGCGAUCCAGACUUUGUACAGUCAACCUCCAACUUUGCACAAACAACCUCACUCCUUUUCGAAAAUCAGGAAGUCGCAAGGCGGGUUCAAGAAAACCUAGGUGACGGAUACGAGCACUACAUUGUGGCGUUAUCACAAUGCGAGCAAGCAUUGGCCGAGAUCGCUGGACAUAUUAGCGGUUUAGCAUCAGGUGAACAGGAUCUUUCUGCGCUCGUUCAAGCCUAUCCGCAGAGGAAUGGGUCCUAUGAAUUUACAAGGAAAAUAAAGUUCGCUCUGGACAGAGGUGAAUUAGAGAGAAGAAUCAAAGAUCUGAACGAUGCCACUAUGAUGCUAUCUCGGAUUCGCGACUACAGUCUCUCACGAACAAGAGCUACUAUUCCAUCUAGGUCUUCAGCAGUAACAAGGACCACAACUUCCUUCAAAUCUAUUCGAGAGCAUGCCUGUCGUCUGUACUCGGCAAUUUCCGCUACCUACCGGGGAAGCUGUCACCCGCAGCAUGGAGCACAUCUAUUCCUCCAAAGUAGGGCCGACUUGCUAGACGGUAAACAUCGGAGACUCAAAAAGACGCCCGUGGCUUUUACAAUAUCUUUUGAUCCAGUUGGCCGUGCCGAUAUCCACUGCUCAUCCUCUAUCACAGAAGUGAUGGUCUUGGAAGAAGACACGUUGACUUCUUAUUCCAACAACUCGGCCAUCUAUUCUGGCCCUAGUACCUCGCAUGAACCCUCAAUUGAAGCAUCUCACGUAUCUUAUCAGCUUCCCACCCGGACAGAGACUAACAGUAGCUCAACAAUUACCACAUUUCCCUCUACUUCUAGACAUCCAAGUUCGACGCUAAGCAUCAUCCGAGAUCUUUGUCUGCAUCUUUCCAGAAUGACGGAACUUCGAGGCCUGCAGUUGUCCCGGGAUUGCCAUCUCUGGUACCAUCAAAGCACCAGGACUAUAAUAUCAUCAGAACCGUGUACAGCGACCAGUGUCGUCUACUCACUCGACCAAGUCCUCCAACCCAGCUCCACCAUGAAGCUGCUCCUCAACUCGCGAAUUGCUUUGUCGUUCAACAUCGCGUCUUCAGUAAUGCAGUUGAAUCUCACGCAAUGGAUUCACACUCCUCUUACCAGCAAUAUGAUCCGCCUUUUACCCGAAAGCCCAGACAGACGAGGACCGGCGAUUCGGCCAUUCAUAAGCCACAGGUUUUCUUCUUCCUUUGAGGUAAUGUGCGCCUCCAACUUUCGGCGAAUAAUGCUUGAGCUCGGCAUCAUUCUGCUCGAGCUAUGGCACGCAAAGACAUUUGCCGUAUACGCUGCGGAAGUCGAAAAGCCGCUCGAUGACUCUUUUGGAGUUCGAUACGACGUUGCGCGCUUAUGGCUGGAUACCAGUAGAGACGAUGUGCUCCCGUUUUACUUGGACGUGGUGACCAGAUGCGUCGAGUGCAUUUUUGCCACUGCUACAGCAAAUCUGGAUUGGAAUGAUACAACAUUACGGGAAUCGUUCUACGGCUAUGUCGUAAAGCCUCUGUGGGAUAACUGCCCAGCAGAGCUUCGAUGA